AUGAGGUUCCGUCUCCGGCGUAUCCAUCUCAAGAUCGAUCAACUGAAUCCAGACGAAAGUUUCAUUUUCAUGGAUGAGAUACCCGACAUAAACAUCCGCCUUAGCUUUGUUCGUAAUCUCAGGAUUAGUGGUUCUCAGGCCUAUGAAAAGGACUCGGAACAAAACGAAAUUGGACGUGAAGAGAUUGAAGAGGAAAGCUUUUUUGCGAAGCCUAGUCCUCUCUGUCCCUCAAGAUUGAGAUCCCCUCUUUAUGAGUCAAAGGAACCACCACAAGCGCCAGAGGAGAUACUACGGAUGAAGAUCAAGUAUCAAGAAACCUGGGUCGGAAUAGCGAAAUUCAUCAGCCGACUGAGCUGUUUAUCUGAUCUUGUAUAUGAUUGCAUGACUCAGGUCCCGUCGUGCUUACUCUCAGCGCUGCGCAACAAUUGCCCAGAUGCCAGACUACAUGUUUAUACCUUCAGCCUUCGAAGUCUCUAUCAGCCAAGGAACGAAUCUCACGACAUCUCGCCAGAGGAGUAUGCCCUUGCUACAUCGCUGAAUCUCUAUGGGCUUUACAUGAAAUAUUGCUCUUACGAUGGAGAUGGUAACAUUGGAUACAAUGAAGAAGCCGUAAUCCAGAUGAUUAGAGGUUUAGCGCCAAGGCUCUCAUAUGUUGGCAUAGCUGGCCAACCGGUAGGUGGUACCAUUGAGUUAGCCCAUGCCAUCCAGCUACACAGGCAGUCUGGUAAGCCGAAAUGGAAGGGUUUCUUCAUCAACGACGACCAAGUACGCGAUAAAAUGCAGGGCAAGGGGAGUUUGCACACCUUGUACCUUAAUGGAGUUUCAGAGCUACGCAUUCAUCAAUGGUCUGACUAUACUGACUUUAACAAGCUAACUAAACUGCAUCUGGGAUUUACUAUUAUCGAUGCAGUACAGGCCCUGGCUAUUAUUGCAGAGGGUGGUGGACUAUUUUCUCUUUCUUCUCUCGCUUUAAUGCCUAAAGCACAAAAUCGGGAGCAAGCAAUAGCUGCCGAUGAGUCCGUAUGUCGGCUAUUGCGAGCUAUGAAGCCACUGCAGAGCCUCGAAUUGGAAGGUGAAGUAGGAGACAGCGCCUGGCGAGCAGUGAUUGAUCAACAUGGCAAUUCUCUUCGAGAGCUUCGUUUUGCCCCAGCCUCGGAGUACUAUGAUGAUAUCGAAGCUCUCGUGCUCUCCUGUGGUAGGAUAAGGCUACUUUCAGGCAUAUGUUUGAACCUAGAGAAGCUGGAGCUGCGUAUUCCUCGAACCCGUGGUGAUAGAGACGAAGUUGGCAUCUAUCAAAUUCUUGGCCAGCUUCCACGAUUGAAACAUAUCUCUCUGAUUCUUGACUGCUCUGUCGUCGAUCCUCCCGAAGUAAGGCAUGGAGAAUCUUUUAUUGAAAUGGGUGGCUGGGAGCUACCCGUUGAUGCUUUCCGCGCAGCGCUCAUCAAUAACGCAAUGGAUUCAGCCCUUGCCAAAUCCAUCUUUGAGACAAUCGCUACUACGAGAGCGUACACUGGCGGCAAUUCUCUUGUCGAUCUAAAACUAAAGAUCUAUGGCGCUGGCAACUUUGGGAGGUUCUCGGUCGACAAUGAACCAAAAAUCCCUCUGGAAUGGGUUGGACAGAGCUGGUUUGUGAGAAGGAAUUCUCGUGACGGAGGUCUAGUCAUUCAGAAAAUCAAAUCUUUUGGCGAUGACCUUGACGUGCUAAAGGAUGACUUCUUUGAGCGCGAUGACCUAAGAGCUGUCUGGAUGGAUAUAUGGCCAGGAAGUCCGGGUGAUCGAAGGAAUCAGUGGCAUAGCUUCCCUUUGGCUAGAUUAACAGACUGA